AUGAAUAACUUGUUUUUAUGUGGAUUUGUGUUAUAUGCCAAUGUUUUAUUAGGAGUGAGUAAUAUAGGUCAUUCAAUUACAUAUAUAUAUUGUUGGAAUAAUUGGAUAUUCCAAAUGUUAAUUCUGGAUCUUUUUUGUUAUUAAAUUUCAGUUAAAACCGUUUGACACAAGUCGGUGUUUACGCGUUGUGAGUUUCUGUUAAUGUGCCUUGCUGUAUAAUUUGUGACUUGGAGGUCACAUUUUAAGUUUUAAGUCUCUGUGAGUGGAAACUUGCACGAAAUGUCUGAAGUAGGGUCGUCUGUGAGUAGCAGAAGAAGUAAAGUCACUAUUAGCCAUGCUCAGGCGAGGGCAGAUCUGGCCAUGGCCAAAGCAAGAUCUGAGUUUGCAAAGAAGAGAGCAGGCUUGCUGAGAAUGCAGGCAAUAGCAGAAGCAGAUGUUAGAGUGUUGGACGCUGAGGAACAUGUUGCAGUUUGUCAAGCCAGAGCAGACUCAUUGCUAGGAUCGUCUCUAAACGUAGAAAUAAAUUCUGACUUCGACACUUUGAGCGUGGGUAAUGUAAGCGAUGUCUUCAGCGAUUUCCUGACUGACAAUGACUCUGUUAAUGACCAGAUUACAUUAAACGAGGCAUUUGUACCGCCACCAUCCCCCAAUCAUGUACCGGUUCUUGAAAACGAUGAGAUUCUACCCCCACCGUUCGUCAAUCAGGCAUCAAAUCCUGAACAUGAACUCAUCUUGCCUCCACCAUCAUUUAGAGAUGAUGUACAAAUGCCAUUUAACGUUGCAGUGAAUUUGGAGAACCCAACUGUAGGUGUCAAGAAGGAACUAGAACCACAAGAAAACUCCAUCAAAGACAAUAGAUUCUGCAGUCACAUGGUUCAACCACCUGAAACCUCAACUGUAAUGACUGAAAUAGGAAAUGUCCUGUUUCGCAAAGAACUACUAAGCUCAAGUCUUCGACAAUUUGAUGACACUGCAGCAUCUUACCGAGCUUGGAAAAUCACACUCUCUAAUACUAUCAAAGAGCUGAAUGUUCCAACAAAUCAAGAAAUUAAUGUUGUGAUGAAGUGGCUCGGAGAAAAAUCAAGACAACUUGUUGCUCCGCUGCAUGCAGUCUACAUUGAGGAUCCAUGCGAAGCUCUACGACAUGUAUGGAACCUGCUCGACGAAACAUAUGGUGCACCAGAGGCAGUGGAAAAGUGCUUAACCAAGCGUUUACAAGAUUUUCCAAAGUUUAAUCUCAAAGAAACAAGACACACUACGACAACUCAGCCACCUUUUACUGGAAGUGCUCCACGUCAAGGAUUU